AAACACUCUAUACUCAUUUGUUUUCUUCUUCUCAUUCCAUUCCUACUUAUACUUACACACUCUCACUCUCUUCUACCACCAACUCAACGUAACCAAUUCAUUAAGCUCCAAUGGAGUCUUCUAGAUCUUCACCCUCUAAGAUCUAUGCUUCCUUCUUCAUUUGCAUUCUCUUCAUCUCUUCCCUCACUCCCACCCUCGCAUGUGGCUACUGUGGUAAUAAUCCCCCCAAGAAGCACAACCCUAACAAGAAGCCCAAGACACCCGUCAUUGUCAAACCACCCGGCGGCAUUCUUCCUCCCGGUAUUCUUCCUCCCGGUAUUGUUCCACCAAUAGUCAACCCACCGGUCAUCGUUCCUCCGGUCACCGUUCCGCCCGUCACAGUUCCUCCGGUGACCGUUCCUGGAGUGACAAACCCACCGAGCACAGGAGGAGGAGGGAAGAAGCAGCCGUGCCCGUCGCCGAAGACGCCGGCGCAGGCAACGUGUCCGAUAGACACGCUGAAGCUGGGGGCGUGCGUGGAUCUGCUGGGAGGGUUGGUGCACGUUGGAGUGGGAGACCCGGCGGUGAACCAGUGCUGCCCGGUGCUUCAAGGGCUGGUGGAGCUUGAAGCGGCGGCGUGCCUCUGCACGACGCUGAAGGUGAAGCUUCUGAAUCUGAACAUAUACGUGCCUCUCGCUCUUCAGCUUCUUGUUGCAUGCGGCAAGACUCCUCCUCCUGGUACACCUGCUCCUUGUAAUUCCAGUCAAUGGAGAUCAUAUUUGGGGCAUGGCAUGUAUGUAUGGUUGAAAUUGACAUGAGAUGAUUAUGAUGAUGAUGAUGUCGCCCACGCACUCUAGAGAUUAUUGGAAUGGUUGUUGUUGUUGCUAUUGUUGUUUCAUGUUUGGUUAUUAUUUGUUAAAAUAACCAUUUGUUUUUAUAUUGAGAUUACUGUUGCAUCUAUGUUUAAUCCUUAGCUAGCUACUAGGCGAGUAAAUUAAAGUGGCACUAUUAGCAUAAAAGGUGAUGCUAUGUGACAUUUUAAUUAAGAUAUUUAUUUACAUGAUGGUUUGUGCUUUGUCCAAUUUCAUUAUUGUAACACUACUUGGUUUAAUUUCAAUUGGGGAUAAUUAAUCAAUAUAUAUAUAUGUGUGUAGCUUC